AUGCCUAAAGGCUCCUCUUGCUCAGACCCUGACAACUUCUACCUUAACUAUAGGUACACAGACCCUGACAACCUCUACCUUAACUACAGCUACAUAGACCAUGACAACCUCUACCUUAACUAUAGGUACACAGACCCUGACAACCUCUACCUUAACUACAGCUACAUAGACCAUGACAACCUCUACCUUAACUAUAGGUACACAGACCCUGACAACCUCUACCUUAACUAUAGGUACACAGACCCUGACAACUUCUACCUUAACUAUAGGUACACAGACCCUGACAACCUCUACCUUAACUAUAGCUACAUAGACCCUGACAACUUCUACCUUAACUAUAGGUACACAGACCCUGACAACCUCUACCUUAACUAUAGGUACAUAGACCCUGACAACCUCUACCUUAACUAUAGCUACAUAGACCCUGACAACUUCUACCUUAACUAUAGGUACACAGACCCUGACAACCUCUACCUUAACUAUAGGUACAUAGACCCUGACAACCUCUACCUUAACUAUAGGUACACAGACCCUGACAACCUCUACCUUAACUAUAGCUACACAGACCCUGACAACCUCUACCUUAACUAUAGGUACACAGACCCUGACAACCUCUACCUUAACUAUAGGUACACAGACCCUGACAACCUCUACCUUAACUAUAGGUACACAGACCCUGACAACCUCUACCUUAACUAUAGCUACACAGACCCUGACAACCUCUACCUUAACUAUAGGUACAUAGACCCUGACAACCUUUACCUUAACUAUAGGUACACAGACCCUGACAACCUCUACCUUAACUAUAGGUACAUAGACCCUGACAACCUCUACCUUAACUAUAGCUACAUAGACCCUGACAACCUCUACUUUAACUAUAGGUACAUAGACCCUGACAACCUCUACCUUAACUAUAGGUACAUAGACCCUGACAACCUCUACCUUAACUAUAGCUACACAGACCCUGACAACCUCUACCUUAACUAUAGGUACACAGACCGUGACAACCUUUACCUUAACUAUAGGUACACAGACCCUGACAACCUCUACCUUAACUAUAGGUACACAGACCCUGACAACCUCUACCUUAACUAUAGGUACACAGACCCUGACAACCUCUACCUUAACUAUAGGUACAUAGACCCUGACAACCUCUACCUUAACUAUAGGUACAUAGACCCUGACAACCUCUACCGUAACUAUAGGUACAUAGACCCUGACAACAUCUACCUUAACUAUGGGUACAUAGACCCUGACAACCUCUACCUUAACUAUAGGUACACAGACCCUGACAACAUCUACCUUAACUAUAGGUACACAGACCCUGACAACCUCUACCUUAACUUUAGCUACAUAGACCCUGACAACCUUUACCUUAACUAUAGGUACACAGACCCUGACAACCUUUACCUUAACUAUAGGUACACAGACCCUGACAACCUCUACCUUAACUAUAGGUACACAGACCCUGACAACCUCUACCUUAACUAUAGGUACACAGACCCUGACAACCUCUACCUUAACUAUAGGUACAUAGACCCUGACAACCUCUACCUUAACUAUAGGUACAUAGACCCUGACAACCUCUACCUUAACUAUAGGUACAUAGACCCUGACAACCUCUACCUUAACUAUAGGUACAUAUACCCUGACAACCUCUACCUUAACUAUAGGUACAUAGACCCUGACAACCUCUACCUUAACUAUAGCUUCAUAGACCCUGACAACCUCUACCUUAACUAUAGGUACAUAGAACCUGACAACCUCUACCUUAACUAUAGGUACAUAGACCCUGACAACCUCUACCUUAACUAUAGCUACAUAGACCCUGACAACCUCUACCUUAACUAUAGCUACAUAGACCCUGACAACCUUUACCUUAACUAUAGGUACACAGACCCUGACAACCUUUACCUUAACUAUAGGUACACAGACCCUGACAACCUUUACCUUAACUAUAAGUACACAGACCCUGACAACCUCUACCUUAACUAUAGAUACAAAGACCCUGACAACCUCUACCUUAACUAUAGGUACACAGACCCUGACACCUGAACCUCUACCUUAACUAUUUAAUUGCUAUUAACAUGACACUCUGUUAAUACCUUU